AGGCUGCGCGACCUGUCCAGAACCGGAACAAACUGAGAGAGAAGGUGAUUAAUUUUAAAAGCAAGGGGCGGGGGAGGGUCCUCAGUACCCAUUCAUCACAAGCCUUUUACACGUGAUAAAGAAAACACCAAAAGCGCUUGCAUGCGUGUAUAAAGAUUCAUUUAUCAUCAUCAUCAUCAUCUUCUUUCUCUCUCUAUCUCUUUGGUAUCUGAAUCCUCCACCAAAACCCGUCUUUUAUAUGUAGUCAGCUUUAGGUUGCCCUUUUAAUCGCCCUUCACGUUCUUUGCCACCCAGCCAUACUUCUAAAGUCCCCGGCUUUCGCUUCCCUCCUUGUUAUAGGUUAAUUAAAGUGCAAAGUGACUUGUCUUAGCUCUCCUUCCUUCCCAUGGUCACCGAUCGCGCGAGGAGAAAUAGUCUUGAAUCUGUGAGAUAGUAAAGACUAGAAGGGAAAGAAAAGCCUGGGUAGCAUUUAGUGAAGCUUCUAUCUUUUCAACUAGUAUUCGUGCUUUUGUAUACAGUUUCAGCCUGCAAAAUUAGCGAAACCGGCAUGCCUACUAGGCAGAUGAAAGAGAGCUCAGAGCAGCACCUUGUGAUCAAAACCCACUUGCAGAACUUCAUGAACCAAGUGCAGAAGGCGCCCAAAACUGCCCCAAAUGGUAAAGGUCCCCCACCCCAAGAAUCCCACAACACAAAAAACAAAGGAAGAAGAAGGGGUAGAGGUGGACGAAAGGUUGAUCAAGGUGAUGUUUGUAUGCGUCCGAGUUCCCGGCACUGCACCGUGGCUCCUAAGCCGGUCUCAGAAAAUCCGGCCGGAGCUCUUGUAGCAAGUACUCCGAAUGGUUCAGUGGAAAAUGGUGGCAACUUGAGUGGAAUGGAGAUGAGUUUUCCUGCUUCAAGCAAGUCUUUGAGUUUUGCCCCUAGGCCUGGUUUUGGGCAAGUCGGGACAAAGUGUAUCGUAAAGGCCAACCAUUUCUUUGCCGAGUUACCGGAGAAGGACUUGAACCAGUAUGAUGUGACCAUAACUCCUGAAGUAUCAUCAAGAGCUCUGAACAGAGCUAUCAUGGAAGAACUGGUGAGAUUGUACAGGGAAACUGACUUAGGAGCGAGACUACCCGCUUAUGAUGGCAGAAAGAGUUUGUACACAGCUGGGGAGCUUCCCUUUACUUGGAAGGAGUUCAAAAUUAAGCUCGUAGAUGAGGAGGAUGGAAUCAAAGGUCCCAAACGGGAAAGAGAAUAUGAAGUGGUGAUUAAGUUCGUUGCACGUGCCAACAUGCAUCAUUUGGGUCAGUUUCUAGCUGGUAAGCGUGCUGACGCUCCACAGGAAGCACUUCAAAUUCUUGACAUUGUAUUAAGGGAACUUUCAACGAAGAGGUACUGCCCCAUAGGGAGAUCCUUCUUUUCACCAGAUAUUAGAAGGCCGCAACGCCUUGGUGAUGGUUUAGAGUCAUGGUGUGGAUUUUACCAGAGUAUAAGGCCUACCCAGAUGGGCCUGUCUCUGAACAUUGACAUGGCUUCAGCUGCAUUUAUCGAGCCUCUUCCAGUAAUAGAAUUUGUUGCCCAGCUUCUUGGCAAAGAUGUUUUGUCAAGACCAUUGUCUGAUUCUGACCGUGUAAAGAUUAAGAAGGCCCUAAGAGGAGUGAAAGUUGAAGUAACCCACAGAGGAACUGUACGAAGGAAGUACCGAGUUUCGGGAUUGACAGCUCAACCUACUAGAGAACUAGUGUUUCCUGUUGAUGACAACUCAACCAUGAAGUCAGUUGUUGAAUAUUUCCAAGAGAUGUACGGCUUCACCAUUCAACAUGCACACCUUCCUUGCCUUCAAGUAGGAAACCAAAAGAAGGCUAAUUAUUUGCCUAUGGAGGCCUGCAAAAUUGUUGGGGGUCAACUAUAUACAAAAAGACUGAAUGAGAGGCAAAUUACUGCUUUCCUAAAAGUUACCUGCCAAAGACCUAGAGAUCGGGAAAAUGACAUUUUGCAGACAGUUCAACACAAUGCGUACAAUCAAGACCCUUAUGCAAAGGAGUUUGGGAUCAAAAUCAGUGAAAAGCUAGCUUCUGUGGAGGCACGAAUUCUUCCUGCUCCUUGGCUGAAGUAUCAUGAAGCUGGAAAAGAAAAGGACUGUUUGCCACAAGUUGGUCAGUGGAACAUGAUGAACAAGAAAAUGAUCAAUGGGAUGACUGUAACCCGCUGGGCAUGUAUAAAUUUCUCACGGAGUGUGCAGGAAAGUGUUGCUCGUGGGUUUUGUAAUGAACUUGCCCAGAUGUGUCAAGUAUCUGGCAUGGAAUUUAAUCUAGAGCCCGUUAUUCCAAUCUACAAUGCAAGGCCUGAACAAGUGGAGAAAGCCUUGAAGCAUGUUUAUCAUGCAGCCAUGAACAAGAUGAAAGGAAAAGAAUUAGAGCUUCUGUUAGCUAUUUUGCCUGACAACAAUGGGUCUUUGUAUGGUGAUCUCAAACGAAUAUGUGAAACUGAUCUUGGCUUAAUAUCGCAAUGCUGUCUCACAAAGUAUGUUUUCAAGAUCACCAAGCAGUACUUGGCUAAUGUGUCUCUGAAGAUCAAUGUUAAGAUGGGUGGUAGAAACACCGUUCUUCUAGAUGCUAUCAGCUGUAGAAUACCACUAGUGAGUGACAUACCGACAAUAAUAUUUGGAGCUGAUGUGACACAUCCAGAAAAUGGAGAAGACUCCAGUCCCUCAAUAGCUGCUGUAGUAGCUUCCCAGGACUGGCCUGAAGUUACAAAAUAUGCUGGAUUAGUUUGUGCUCAAGCUCACAGACAGGAACUCAUACAGGACUUGUACAAAACAUGGCACGAUCCUGUUCGUGGCACGGUUAGUGGUGGCAUGAUCAGGGAUCUCCUUGUUUCUUUUAGGAAGGCGACUGGGCAGAAGCCACUAAGGAUUAUAUUUUACAGGGAUGGUGUAAGUGAAGGGCAGUUUUAUCAAGUUCUGCUUUAUGAGCUAGACGCCAUCCGGAAGGCUUGUGCUUCUCUAGAACCAAACUAUCAACCACCGGUGACUUUUAUUGUGGUACAAAAACGACAUCACACUCGAUUGUUUGCUAACAACCAUAGGGACAGGAGCAGCAUGGACAAGAGUGGGAACAUUUUGCCUGGCACUGUGGUUGAUUCUAAAAUUUGUCAUCCAACAGAGUUUGAUUUUUAUCUCUGCAGCCAUGCUGGUAUUCAGGGGACAAGUCGGCCAGCUCACUACCAUGUUUUAUGGGAUGAGAACAAUUUUACGGCAGAUGGAAUCCAGUCAUUGACAAACAAUCUCUGUUAUACUUAUGCAAGAUGUACACGAUCUGUCUCUGUUGUUCCUCCGGCGCAUUAUGCACAUUUAGCUGCUUUUCGUGCUCGAUUCUACAUGGAACCAGAGAUGCAGGAGAAUGGCUCGACAGGUGGGGGUGCCAAGGGAAUGCGAGCACCUGGAGAGUCUGGUGUUCGACCAUUGCCGGCCCUGAAGGAGAAUGUCAAAAGAGUAAUGUUUUACUGUUAGAGAGCAGGGGAGGGCUGAUGGUGGCCAAGCGAUAGCCGGGAGAUAACAGCAAUCGUGAAUCAGUAUUUCCUUCUCCUGUAUAUCCACUUAGUGCAUGUUUGACUUGAUCCAGGCCUGGUUAGAAGUUCCUUCGAAUGCGGACCUGUGAAUUUAGCAGUGGAGCUUGAGUUUAUGCUUCAUACUUGGUACAAAACUAGAAAACAUGGGAAGUACACCCAUUAUAGAUAACAGGUCUUGUUCAGCAUUGUCCACCGAUGAUGUGAAGAAUCCCAAACUGGGCCAUGUAUAGCUAUUUCAAUUCAAUCUAUAUGUAUCAAAAUUUUCCCACAUACUCGCUUACAGUUUUUUAAUUGAAUCUCGCAUUUACCGUGGCAA